UCAAAUGAAGGAAACACAAUAGUGCUGUUUAGCUACCGCGACUACCCUGCCAAACCGUCAAAAAUGAAGAGGAGAGCAGACCGUGGAACUGAGCGACGCACAUCUAAAGUGUGGAACUACUGCACCCAACUGAAUGAAACCCAGGUUGAGUGUAAUAUCUGUAAGAAACAGUUGUCUUUUCACAACAGCACCAGCAGUAUGAGGGAGCAUCUGGUCAGAAGACAUAAUGUCCGCGACACGCUGGUCGGCACAAUAGCAAGCUCUUCAUUCCAACCAAUGGCUCAACAUGCCCUUCCUUCCAUUAAUUCAGUUACAUCUACUGUGGUAAACCCAGGCAUGUUCCAACCACCUGCUCCGUUCAUAGUAAAGGAGGAGCAGCAGGAUUCUGACAUGGCCGCUGAACCGGAGGAGACGAAGCGUGCACGUGCAUGUCCUGCUCUGGAAGUAGGAGGUGUUCACACAAAUCAGAACGCAGUCUCCAACCCAGACCUCAAUCCAAGCAGUUCACACUCUGGAUACAGUGCGAGCAGCGUUGCUCACAGCAAGCAUAGCGGCACAGGUGUUAAGGAAUGCAGUGCAAAGCGAGCAGGCAUGUUGACGGACCUAAUUUUGGAAAUGGUGUUUAGAGACUUGCAGCCGCUGUCUGUUGUGGAGGAGCGAGGAUUUGGUCUUUUACUGAGCUGCUUAGAACCACACUACUGUGUGCCGAACACCUCACAGCUUGGCAGCCUUCUUUGGCAUCGCUAUGAUACUCUGAAGAAGCACCUGCAGGAGCAUCUCCAGUCUGGCAUGGCCCCCUGGAGUUUGACUCUUUGCACUGAGUACUGGCAGUCUGUAGCAGGCUGUGAAGUUGGAGGCAGCGGACGACUCUUUCUCACUAUAAGUGCACAUUUUGUUGACAAAGACUGGCACCUGGCCCGCUGUGUGUUGGAGACCCUUCCCAUGCCAGAUUUUAGUCAAGAGUCAAGUGGAAGAGGGUUCACCCUGUUCGGGGUCACACUGAAGGCUGUCCUCUCUGAAUUCCGUCUGCCCGAAAACUUCGUUUUCUGCAUCGUGCACAACACUCCGUGGACUCCUGCAGAAGCCAGAGGAGCAGAGGACUGCAGGCUCGAGAAAGAACAUCUAAAUCCUGCGGGUCCGAGUAAAUCACCUCAGAAUCUUCCCGAAGGUUCAGUAGCACUGCACUGCGCAGGGGAGGCCCUCAAACUGUGCAUCCAGGAAGGACUAAGCGUGGAGCCAGUCAGACAGGCUCUCGCUGAGGUACGUAGGAUCAUCUCGCAUUUCCAACAUGAAGCACACGCAGCGGCCGCCCUGAACCAGAAAGCCCAGGCGUCAAACAAGGCCGGUGUUUGUCUGGUGUUGGACGACCCUGGCCGCUGGGCCACGGCCAUCGACAUGUGCGAGAGCCUACUGGAGCUGAAGUGGAUGGUGAGCUCCGUGCUCGAGGAGCAGAAAGCCGCGGCCAAUUUGGCAGACCAUCAGUGGCGCCUUCUACAGGAGCUGGUACCGGUGCUUAGGACGGUACGCAUCGCUGCCUCUUUCCUGAGCGAGGACAUAAACGCCCCCAUCUCCUCCCUCAUGCCGUGCUUACACGGCGUGUCGCGCGUCCUGGAGCAGCACAUCGCCGAGAGCAACUGCUCUGUCGCCCGAGGGGUCAUGGAGAGGGUUCGCUCGGGGAUGGAGCGACAUUGGAGGCUGGGAGAAGAGGACGCCUUGCUGGACUCCCCGGCCGUCCUCUCCUCGUUCCUGGACCCGAGGUUCAAGGAGCUGCGCUUCCUCAGUCCCCACGCUCGCAGCGAGCUUCACGACAGAGUCAAAGAGCUGUUGUCGGCGGAGACGCCGGACGUGGAAGAAUGCGAGCUACGGCGAGGCGGUGACGGAGGAGAGAUGGAGGACGAGGGGGAGGAGGACGAGGGAGGGGACGAGGGCGUGAUGAACCUGGGUUUGGACGACACGCAGGCCAGACAGACGCACCCGGAUUCGCCUGGGUCCUGUGGAUCCAAUGAGGAGGUCGACCUCAUUGUGCUGCAUCCCAAUGAGGCACCCAGGACAUCGCCAUCCAAAGGCUGUUGCAAGGGUUCGGGUGAAGGUGACUCCGGCUCCACAGCUGGUCUGAGGAAAAGAGGGAGUGCAGAGAUGGGCCCGUCGGGCUCUGUGACGAGGGACCUCCAGCAUGGCAGAGAGUCCAGCCUGGUGUCGCUGAGCAUGUAUGACAUCCUGUUAGGAGUCGAUCCCACCGAGCGCAUGCCGGAGAUCCACCAGCAGCUGGAGAAUUACAUCGCAGAACCGCUCUGCAAACGUAGCCUGUCUCCUCUCCACUGGUGGCGCUCUAAGGAGCAUCGCUUCCCCGCUGUGGCCAGGCUUGCCAGGAAGUACCUGGCCAUCCCUGCCACAGCGGUGCCCGCAGAAAGAGCCUUCGCUCCCAGAGAGACGCCUGUCACACAGCGCAGGGCCACACUGGGCUCUCAGCACUUGGACCACAUUCUGUUCCUUCACCACAACUGUGACUAUGUCGAGCAGCUGAUGGGAGAGGCAACAGGGAGACCCAGGGGCCCAGACAAGCAUAGAGGCGAUCAGACAACAGAGACUCUUUAUCAGUCUCUAGUUUCCUAUGAGAGUAAAGCUUAGUUAGGAGAAAAAGAGUUGUGAUCUGUCUACUACGCAGUGUGCAUACCAUGUAACCUUUGAACGACAUAAACACAUGUUUAGAAGUCCUAUGAAGGCUUUAGAAGGCUUAUGAGCUAUCAAUGGAGUUCUUUUUACAAUUUGUCUGUAACAUUACACAUUGUACCUGCUAAAUGUUAGAAAAAUAGUACCAGUACAUGUAUAUUGUAACACUUUAUGUAAUAUUGAUUGCAAGUAUAAAACACUAUCCUAAAAUGA